GUCGUGUCCGCUGUGGUAGCCUCGGUGAACGGCGUGCAAGGCUACCCAAGAUCUUGUUUUACGCGCGUUUUAGUGUCGGAAUGAAUAGUUAGGUGUUUAGUCGUUGUGAAGUUUCUGAACACGCAGUGUAGUUUAGAGAAAAAUAAAUACAUAUGCCUAAACUAGCAGGAGUUAAAAAUAGUGAAGUCUGUCACCAUUAACAAAAAGUACGCGCUUCCUAGGACUUCAAUCAGUGCUGCGAAACAUAUUUACAUACAGAUGUCAUCUUAUACAGAAAACUUGUAGCUCAAAAAAAACAUGGCAGCUUCGGUUUACGCUACUCCACCACCGGAUUUCAGCGGCGAAGAAGCUACGCUGAGUGACACAUCCAACUCAUCACAAACCAACAGUUCAAAUAAUUCUACGAUGAAAGCCUCGAAAAGGUCACUAUCGACUACCUUCCUGAGUUCGCCGCAGGCUAUAAACGCCCAGCUAAGUUCUGACAGCCUACCGGACUUAUCGAAAAAACGACGCAAGCAGUCUAUGCCCAGUCGUAUCUCCGCAAAUGGACAGGAAGGUGGCGAAUUAGUUACACCAGCCGUUCAAGAAGAAAAGGAUGAAAGUGACAAAGCGGAUUCAAAUGCAAUUGAAACAAUUGCCAGCGCAUUUGCAGAGCAGCAGAACAACUUCCAGAAAAUAUUCCUAUCGAAUCUUAGUCAAUUACAGAAACAGCAUCUACUGCAGCAACAGUUGGUGGACCAACCAGAAAAUGCCGACAGCAGUGGCGAGUUGCUACUGAACGGAAGUAGCUCCAUAAUUUCUCUUAAAAAUCAAGAGAAUUUACUAGGCAUACCUUCGACAUUAAAUGAUCUUGCGCCGGAAAAGGUCCAACAAGUAGAAACUAAUCAAUCGGACAGCACUGAUGAUCUCGGUAAAAUAAAUGGUGACGAACAAACAAGUUUCGAUAGAAACGAAAAUGAAAUCAAAGAUAAUCGAUGCGAAGAUCUUGUCGAACCCUUAGAGGGUUUGAGGGACACAUCAAUGAAACCUACUAAAGAUGAUCAACCGGAAGAAUCUAAGUCACGCGAAUUGAUUUUUAAAAAGGAACCAUUGCAAGAUGCUGAAUGGGAUGGAGAAAUUCGCAAUUCGUCGUUACCUAACGUCGCGAAACCCGAGGAUUGGCUCUCAUUACAAGGACUAUCGUUUCCUUUCUCACCGGAGGCAGCUGCAGCUCUGUCUGCUUCGGGAUAUCUACCUCAGGUCCCUCUUCUGGGUAUGCCAUCCAUAUCAUCUUUUGGUGCGAAUGAUAACGCAAAUCGUCCGAAUGUUCCUCCGUUAAGAAUAUUCAACCCGGAAGCGUACUGUGGUCUUUGCAAUAAAGAAUUUUGCAAUAAAUAUUUUCUGAAAACGCACAAAGCGAACAAACACGGAAUUUAUGAACCACAGAGUGGCAGCAAUGAUUCCCUACCAAGUAUCGGGCCGUUCAAUCCUCUGCACCAGUUGUCACAAGUAUUUCAUUUGCAACAACAGCAAGCCGUUCUUCAAGAGCAGCAAGAGAAAACUAGUCACUCGAGCCAGAAUCAAACUCAGGACCAAGUACCAACACAGCAGACUCAAAUCCGACAAAAUGCCUCCCCGAAACUGCCAAUUAAUUCGAUUCAACCGACAGUAUUUUGUGACGUCUGUUUCAAAAAGUUUAGCAGCCUCAGCGCAAUGCGUAAGCAUCGUAGUAAAGCGCACGAUAUGUCCACUGCCGCUCAACAACCCCAACAGCAAACGCAGCAACAGUUGCAACAUCAACAGGUAUCUGAACACAGAUCAGAGUCAGAGUUGCCGAAUAUGUCUUCACUCCGGUUCCCUGAAGGAUUUCGUGAGGACUAUUCGAUUGAGCAGGAGGAUGCAUCAUUUACCCCACAACCACGAAAACUAUCACCAGUGUCGAUUUUGGCUGCACGAGAGGCCAAUUUUUCUGUAGACAAGCUGAAGCGACUUGGAGUGAUCAAUCCGGAAGCAUUUUGUGAAAUUUGUUGCAAGGAAUAUUGUAACAAGUACUUUCUCCGCACUCAUAAGCUGAAACGACAUGGUAUCUUUUUGCCACCGGAAGAGAUCAAAGAAGAACGGAGUCCUUGGAAUUUUGUACAAACUAGUCCACUGAAUCUAAUUGUUGGUAAUAAUGAAAUACCGGUAUUUCCACCACCAUUGAAAAAGUUAACUGGCGACACAGAUAGUGAUUUAUCAAAGUCUGAUUUUCUGAAGAGAACAGACCUCAAUGAAACUAACGAGGAAGCUCAGAACAACGAGGAGGACUCAAAUGAGAAGCAAGCAACAUCCAAUGCAGAGCAAGAAGCUGAAGCCAUAAGCGUAGAUUUACAAAAACUGCAAUCAAUGAUAAUGCAACUGAAUGAUUUGAACAACCAACGAAAAAUAUCGUGCGGUGUGUGCGGAAAAGAGAUCGAAAAUCAAUAUUUAUUGCAUGCCCACAUGAUACAAGAGCAUAACAAUAUGAAUGAGAAUAACAAUGGAGUAAAAUCUCCUUCCGCUUUGGCCCUCAUGCCAUCAUCACCCAAUGAAUUUGAAGUAUGCAAGCAGUGUGAUAAAGAGUUUUCGAAUGCAUUUAUGUUGAAGCAACACUUAAUUGAGGUUCAUGGAGCACAAAAUGGAAGUCCGAAGCGGGAUGGGUUUGUUACUCCAGACCGUCCUACCACAACUCCUACUUUGAGCAUGCCGCCUGGGCCCAGUUACAUGGAAAGAAAGCCUACUUUUUCUAUGACCCCCACAAGUAGCUACUGCGAGAUUUGCAAUAAAGAGCUAUGCAAUAAAUAUUUUAUGAAAACACAUAUGCAAAGGAUGCAUGGUAUAGAAAUAGAGAAUGGCGCUCAAAUUGGCGGAGUAGUGUGCAAUAUCUGCAACAAAGAACUGUGCAGUAAGUAUUUUUUGCGAGUUCACAAACAUAACACACAUGGUAUAGUCGAAGAAGGAGCGCCAUUACCACAGCCAAGAAACAAUGGUGAAUCACCGGCCGCGGAGAGUACAGAACCACCAUUUUCUACUGAUGGCGUACUAAAACCGGGUGAAAUAUCGGAUGUAAGCAAUCGAUACUACUCCCACUUUACGGAGGUUUGUCCUCUUUGUAGUCGUCGAUUUCGGAGCGCUAAAUGGCUACGAGCUCAUCUGCUAAGUGAUCACGGUAAAUUGGGCGUCGAUAAGCUACGCGAAAUCGAGCACAAGCUGGGGAGCGGAAGUAAGUCAAACAGUCCUUCGCUUAAAAUACCUAAUGGAAGCCUGCAGGUGAACAGUGUAGAAUCAAAGUUCAAUCCAAAGACUGGGUUUGGAUUCAAUUCACCAGACGCAAAGUUCCUCAUGAAAAAUCCUUUCUCAGGACUUUUCGGAACAGAUCAUCCAAAUUCCAACGUUGGGCCUAAAAAUUACCAGUGCUCGUACUGCCCAUUCGCCACACCAUUGCUUCCUUUACUAUUCAUACAUGAAAGAACACAUACCAGCUUGAGUAUUGUUCAACAGCAGCUCUUUCAAGAGGAUGAAAAGCAGGAUAACCCAAUAUCUCCAAUGUCACCUCUGAUCAUCAAAUCUGAAUCUGCUGUUUCGCUCGCGAAAGAAGCAAGUCGAUUCUCUAUUCCAACAUCGAUUCCAUCUACGGAAACACCAUCUUUAACGCCGGCAUCGACUCCAGUUCCGUCGAUAUCUCAAGAACCGAUUAACUUGGAACAAUCUCCUCGUUCGCACCAUAUCGCAUCCCCUGUACAGCAGCAGCCUGACCGGGAACCAUCACCACUAGCACUAGCACCACCGCCACCAUCGGAAUCUCCUAAAUUUUCCGCGCCCAAACCCGAACCGAGUGGAAUUUUAUCCGAAAUGGCAAAUCUCACUCAACGACCAGCUAUGUAUGCAUUGCCACAGCAAACCGGCCCACUACUAAUGCAGUCCUUUUUAAUGGAAGAGUCCUCCGACGCGGUGACCUCAAAGACUGUCGAUGAUCAACCAUCUGGAAACAGGUUUGUACCAGCUGUUGUUUUCCUCCCUGUUAAAGAACGUAUCCUUUCUCCGAUGACAAUAUCGUUCACAUUGAGUCCCGCCUAGAGGGCAACCUCGAACGAGUAAUAAGUGUGAAUGAUUCUUGUUUGAUGCGCUUUAGAAUGACAUUCGCCAAAGGUAACGGGAAAGUAAUCAUCUGCAGGAGCAGCUUUCCGGUUCGUAAGUAAAUUAUUGUUAAUAGAAAUCCGCAAAUACGUACACAAUAAUCCGAAACACUAGCAAAGCAUCGGAGCAAAAACCAAAUUUCGUUCAUUCCGCUUAGAAAAGGUAAAAUUUGAGAGCAAGAAGUGAGAAAAAUCAAAAUGUAUAAAUAGUUUAUCGCCGUAGAUGUAUUGUUGUGUAGUGUCUAUUGAAAAAUAAAAAUGAAAAAGAGAAGAGAUAGCUGUGCAAAUGUAGCGUCCGGUCUAACGUUCGUAGGUUUAGCAGUUGCCAUUUGUAAUUAAAAAGAGAAGAAAAAAUGGAAGUUCACAGAAAAGAGUAAAGUGCGAUAAUCGCAAGAAGGUUCCUGAUUUUUAAUCCCUUUUAACAGACCACGAAUUUCCAGCAAUUUCGGAUAAAAAGCAUUGAUGAUAAUGAAGGAAUAGCGUGAGUCAAGUGUAUCGAACUUAUUUAUUAAAAAAGAAAUAAACCUAUGGUGAAGAAGAGAAACAAGUUGGCAAACAAUUCAGCAACUGCUAGUUACGAAUGUUGCACACCAUGAAUAAAGGCAUUCACAGAAAAAAAUCUUGGUGAUGUUUUAACAAAGUUCCUAUUAUGAAUAAAGCAAACAAAACAGUAACUAAUAUCUCUUCACGUAUGAUAGAUUUUUUAGGAAUAAUAAACAGUAACGAAGAAUGAUAUCAAUGUGACGUAGUGCUUACCAAAUGAGAAAGAUGUCAAAAUCUAAGGACUUCAAUUUUUCUGCUUUAAUAUUUCGCUUUCGCAAGAGAAUUAUUGAUUUUGCUCAAAAAAGUAAUGCAUUGAUAGCCAGUGUGGUACAUAUUAACAUAAAACGAACCAAAUCACCAGUCUCAGGGUUAAACAAAGUACAAGAUGUCUAAAAAGGUUAAAUAUUGCGUGAAGUUGAUUCAGCAAAACUAGUCAAAUUCGGAAUUUACUGAUACCUCAUUUUACGGAUAAAAAGUGCGAUACCCGACGUUACCAUUAACUACAAUGAAACGGAUUCCAAAAGUACAAUUUAGAGAAAAACGAUGUUUGGAGCACACACACACAAAAAUAGGUUAAAAUGAAUCAAUCGAAUUACAAAGAGCUAUCGAAUUACCUCAGGUCACUGCUAGAGCAAACGUUUGAUUUAUUUAAUAAAGCUAAAAUAACAUAACACUGAAGUACGUAAAACUACACAGAAUAAACUGAACAAACCUAGUCAUGGACGACAUAAUAUCGUCUGAUAAUCCCUACAUUCAUUGUAGUAUUCUAUAGAGAUGCAAAUUAGUUACCAGUUUAAUUGAACAAUAGGGAAACUAUAUUUUAUUGUAGAAGUAGAUGUACAUAUGAGGAAGGGUCAAG